AGGGGUCGCCGCGGGCGGGCGAUGUGAGCGCGGCGCUCUGGACAGAUUACGCUUCAUGUCAGUAGAAAUGGACAGCAGCAGUUUUAUUCAGUUUGAUGUGCCCGAGUACAGCAGCACCGUUCUGAGCCAGCUAAACGAACUCCGCCUGCAAGGGAAACUAUGUGACAUCAUUGUCCACAUUCAGGGUCAGCCAUUUCGAGCCCACAAAGCAGUUCUCGCAGCCAGUUCCCCAUAUUUCCGAGACCAUUCGGCACUAAGUACCAUGAGUGGCUUGUCAAUAUCAGUGAUUAAAAAUCCCAAUGUGUUUGAGCAAUUGCUUUCCUUUUGUUACACUGGAAGAAUGUCCUUGCAGUUGAAGGAUGUUGUCAGUUUUCUGACUGCAGCCAGCUUUCUUCAGAUGCAAUGUGUCAUUGACAAGUGCACACAGAUCCUAGAGAGCAUCCAUUCAAAAAUCAGUGUUGGAGACGUUGACUCUGUCACUGUUGGUGCUGAAGAGAAUCCCGAGAGCCGUAACGGAGUGAAAGAUGGCAGCUUCUUCGCCAACCCAGUUGAGAUCUCCCCUCCAUACUGCCCUCAGGUACGGCAGCCCACCACCAGCAGUGAGCUCCGGAUGGAGACAACCCCCAGCAAAGCUUUGCGUAGCCGCUUACAGGAGGAGGGGCACUCAGACCGGGGGAGCAGUGGGAGCGUGUCUGAGUAUGAGAUUCAGAUUGAGGGGGACCAUGAGCAAGGGGACCUUUUGGUGAGAGAGAGCCAGAUUGCUGAGGUAAAAGUAAAGAUGGAAAAGUCCGACCGGCCCAGCUGUUCUGACAGCUCCUCCGUGGGGGACGAUGGGUACCACACGGAGAUGGUUGAUGGGGAGCAAGUUGUAGCAGUGAACGUGGGCUCCUAUGGCUCUGUGCUCCAGCAUGCCUAUUCCUACUCCCAGGCAGCCUCACAGCCAUCCAGUGUAUCAGAUACUUUUGGAAGUUUAAGUAAUUCUAGCCCAUCAAGGUCCAUGCUGAGCUGUUUCCGAGGAGGACGUGCCCGUCAAAAACGAGCUUUGUCAGUCCACCUGCACAGUGACCUCCAGGGUGUGGUGCCGGGGUCUGACAGUGAAGCUAUGAUGAACAACCCAGGCUAUGAGAGCAGUCCCAGGGAGAGGAGUGCCAGGGGUCACUGGUAUCCAUACAACGAGAGGUUGAUCUGCAUUUACUGUGGGAAGUCCUUCAACCAGAAAGGAAGCCUUGACAGGCACAUGCGACUCCAUAUGGGAAUCACCCCCUUUGUGUGCAAGUUCUGUGGGAAGAAGUACACACGCAAGGACCAAUUAGAGUACCACAUCCGGGGCCACACUGAUGACAAACCAUUCCGCUGUGAGAUUUGUGGGAAGUGCUUUCCAUUCCAAGGUACCCUCAACCAGCACCUGCGGAAAAACCACCCAGGCGUUGCAGAAGUCAGGAGUCGCAUUGAGUCCCCUGAGAGAACAGAUGUGUAUGUGGAACAGAAACUAGAAAACGAUGCGUCAGUCUCAGAGAUGGCCCUAGACUCUCGCAUGGAAAUUCAUACAGUGUCUGAUGCUCCUGAUUAGGAUGGUAAAGAAGUGCACCCAAACAAAGCACAUUAAUCAAUGCAUAUUUGUGAUUUGCUUUGUGUAAUCUUUUGUUUUCCCAACCAUCUGGAAAGCUCUUGGUCUCUUGGCAGUUCUUCUAAAGUUUCUGGAUGGAACACUUCUUUGUGUUUAUCCUUUCUCCCAUUCUGUCUCCCCCAAGGAGCUCAAAGCAUGAAGGGCAAAGUAUCCAGGGAAAACACAGGCUGACAGUAUUUUUCUUUGGCUGAACUCUUAAUCCCAAACCUGCCAGUGAUUUAGCUAUGCCAACUGGUUGACCCUACGUUCUCUGCCAAGAGGCAUCCUCUCUCACUGUGGGCACUAGCACCAGUGCAUUUAUUUCCACAGGGAGACUAGGAUGCUAUCCAGCUGAUACAAAUGGGUAACCUUUUCUAAGUUAAAUUUACUUUUUGGGGGUAGUUAGACUAUAUAUAUAUAUAUAAUAAAGUGAUUAUUAUAUAUAUAAUUAUAUAUACAUUCUGAAAUUUGAGUUUAUUCUGGUUGAGGUGAAUGUAAGAGAAAUAUAUAAUUUAAUACAAUGUGAACAGAGCUUUUAACUCUGUCUCAUCCCUACCUAAUAUGUUAGUUUUGCCCCUUGGUUUCCCCUACAGAAGAAUGUCACUAGGUUUUCAUAUCUAUUAAUCAUUGUGUCCUGAAGCAGACAAAGCAAAUCACAGUGUUCAUAGCUCUGCUUCACAGCAAACUACAUAAACCAAAUGCCAUAAAAUUUCUUCAACUCUAGUUUGAAACUGUUUGGAAUUUUUGUUCGUUGUCCAGCAAGUAAGCUGGAUGACCUGUGGUGCUGACCUUUUUACAUAGUAUAGUGUUCUAUUAGCCAACCCCAAAGGAGCAGUGGUUUUCAAGGUUUUUACUGGCCUACAAAUCUACCUUCAUUCCGUACUGUAGAAACAUACAUUCCAGGUAACUGAAUCGAAUCACUCUACCAUGAGUUAUUACUCGCACUAAAGGAAAAGAAUUUGUAGUUCUGUCUACAAAAUUCUUCAAGCAGUGUUGUUUGUUUUUCCUGUUUUUUUUCUUUCUCUUUUCAAGCAGCCAGUUCAGGUGCACAGCAACUUUUUCUAUGUGCAGUUCCCAGGGAAACUGCAAAACUUGGAAUUUGUACUUUUUGUAAAGCUAUACUCUAUGGGAAUUGCAAGCAAUAUAUCUAUCUUAGUAUUGUGUGUGCUAAUGCGAGCCUCUGUGGCUCCCCCACUCUCUCAGUGUUUCCUGCUGAAAGAAACCAACAGUUCAAAGCCCUCUAAGAUACUCUGUGUGUCACCAAAUCUGUAUGUGUGUCACCAUAUUUUUGGUCAUGUGGUGCUAUUUUUAUGUUCAGUGUCUUUUAGGUCAGUAUAGUUGUAGAAAAUGUGAAAUCCAAUGAUAAUAGUGAAUUAAGUUAUUUUCCUCCCAAGUUCAUUGCUUGAAAAGAGACCUCAAAAGCAUGUGCUGGCAAACAGGUUGCUAUACAAAGACAUUGUUGUAGUAAUACUUUAGCUUCAGUUCACUGUUGUACCAACAGGCUUUAUAAGAUCACUUUGGUACUGUGGACUCUGGCAGAGAGAACUUUUAAGAACAAGUUGGUGGUGAGUCUUGCUGCAGGCCGCCCAGAGAAUGUCAGCACUCUUAAUCUCUCUUCCUGAGAACCUGAGCUCGGAGACCCACAACCAGCACAUAUCCACAGCCACCUUAAAAAUCCAGACAGACCAACCUCACAGGCUAGGAGUUAAAGAAUGCAGAAAUCAGUGUUUGCUGGUUUCCCAUGCUUUUCUGGCUCUUAAAAUACCAAGAAUGGUGGGUUGGGGUGGGGGGAUCUCUUUGUUUAGGACUUAAUUUUUUUUUUAAGAAGUCAUUCAAGCCCUCCCUGUGUGGCAGCUCCCCAGCCGCCCCCCUGCAGUGGUGGCUGAGCAGUAGCACCUCUUUAGCACACAGGAUUUGUUCAUAUGUGAACUGCUGGGCUACACCUCAGUGUUAAUUCACGUAGAUUUCACUCUAACCUUGCUGCUCCUGGGAGCAGCUCUUGCUAAUCGGGUAUAUAGUAUGCCUUUUUCCUCGUCAAACUGCCUAAGUCGGGGUUUGUUCUCUCCCUGAAGCACUUGCUCAACUUUGUGCCUCAAGGGGAGGCUGGACUCCAAGUGUUUACCCACUUAAAUGUGUUCUGGGGUUUCAGGUAAAUGUUUGUGAUUUUUUUUCCUUACAUGAAUAAGUUUGCUUUUGAUUUUUCUUUUUAAGAGUUAAAUGCAAAAAAAAAAAUUGUGAUACAAAUUUAAGUUUGUGACAAGAAAGACCCAUAUCCAGGGACAGAAGAGGUCAAGCUCAGGGAAGGAACCUCCUCUUCACUCAGGCUCGGGCCUUCUGUGAGGUCUCCAGAGCUUUCCACAGGAUGUGAGACAGGUGGGGAGUGGAGAGAGCUCUUGAGGCAGUACCUCCAUGUCCUGGAUCUUGUCUCUGUGUCUGUCUGAACCUUAUUUACAUGGAGUUGUUGUGUUUGUAAAUGUGUUUAGCUGGUUUGAGUUUACCAAAGAGUGACUUAUCCAAAAUUGUCUUUGACAAAAAUAUACAUUGCUUUGAUUGUACAGUUCAGGUUCAAACAUUGUAAUGGGACUGUUAAGGGGCAGAAAAUUGAUUGCGUUUCUCUCUAAUAAUCAUGAUAUCGCAUUUUGCAAGUUCCACUUGCUCCCAUUCAUGUUGCUAACACUUUACCCUCUCUCUCCACUGCUAGCAGUGUUAGAAUGAAUUCUCAAGCCAUAACACAGUACUGUAAAGUUCGCAGGGCUUCAAGGGAGGUGUGUAGGCCAGCACAGUGCUGUGGAGCCACUGAGCUGAGUGCUCCACGGUCUGCCUCUAGUGGGUAGGGCUGUGGGGUGGUUCCACUCUGAUGGGCCGCAGCAGUUGAUUGUGCCUUGCCACAGGAGGAUGUGCCAGGAGGUUAACAUGACCACAGAACAGAACCAUUCUCUCCCUGAAGUUCACUCCACGUCUCCACAGACGAAGGACGCUGUGUAACUAGCUCCUUAGAGCAACUCCUUCUGGAAAGCAAAGUCCCUAUUUCUGUACAGUUUUAGGUUAGAUGUUUCAUUUAUAACAGAUGCAGAAAUCAACUAAGAGAAAGUGAUAUGUGAAGAAAUCUUUUACAGUAAAAUAUAUCCUGAAUUCCUCUAGGCUUGUUCAUAAUUGAGUCUCUGAGCUACCUUUUCCAUAUUUGACAAUGUGAAGACAGUGACAGCGUCCUUUUCUAUUAAUGUCUAACCUGUUAUUACAAACUGUGAAGACAAAAUAUUUUAUACUUUUACUAAUGUUUGUGGUUUUAAACAGUUUUCAUUCCAAUCAGUUCUCUACCCUCUAAUUUCUACUAAAGCUGUAAAUACAUUUUAAAAUAUAUUUGUAAAUACAAUUUAUGAAGACAAGUAAAUUUUUUGGUUAGUGGGAAAGCCUCCCAACCAAUUGGCUCUGCCUUGGCAUAUUUUUUUUUCUUUAUGUGUGUUGUUUUAUUUUCUUUCCUCUUUUUAAACCGCAGAAAGGAUACUGUCAAUUCACUGUUAAGCAGAAUAUACUGUACAACUAAAUUGCUCAUUUUUAAAUCUUUGAGAGCAUGAAUAUAUGUCUCUUCUAAUGAUAGCGGUUAUUGCCAACUCUGUUUUUCCCUUAGCCUAGGUCAUAAGCCCUGCAUAUUUCUGUGUGUGAUUGUUUUUAUUUUUAUUUUAAUGUCCUGGAUUCUAGGAAGAAUUUGCAGGAACACAAAACAAGGGCUGGGGGAGUCAUCCACAUGAAUGAGCUUUACUUUAGAGAUCAAUGUGUUUUAUUUUAACUUUUUUCCUGUUUGUUACUGUGACUUUUUUUGUUGUUGUCAUCGUCAUUAUAGUUUUAAUCUAUAAUGGUUUCCUGUGAAGCCUCCACUGAAAGGGACUCAAAUAUGCAACACCUAAACUAUUUUCCAAGGGCACAUGCCCCUUGAAUGGUGCUUCUAGACUGGUCAGGGUUAUUUAUUAAAUUUUAUAUAUGAAAGUAUUGGGGAAUUAUGUAAAUUCUUUAUAUGAAACUAGUUCAUAAGUCAUAGAUUUCAUAUUACUCAGUGCAACUGAACUGAAAGUUCAGGAAAGUCAUUCACAUUGUUCCAAAAUUGUAACGGUUGUCACCCAUCACAUGCGUCUUCUUCAAUAAGUGCCAGAGUGGUCCCACUGUUUCUGUCCAGUGCUUGACUUCUCAGCCCAGAAGAGAACCGGCAUCCUCUGGUUCCCUCCCUGGGUCUGGCACAGACAGGGCUAUUGUAGUUCUUCAUCAAGUCCCGGAGUUGGCCUUGUGGCCUUGGUGCUCCGUAUGGCAGAUUCAGUAAAUAGACCUCUUGCUGCCCCUCAGUGACAAGUUAUGCUGUGAAUUCAACCUUUGGACUUGAGACCCAAGCCUCUGGUUGCUGCCCUGACUAGAGUAAGAGGUAGACUUACUUUGUUUUAAAAUAACCAUUUUUCUAAUGUGAAAACCAUCUCUCUCACCACUUUAUUAGUAGGGCUAACAUUGUUUUCCGUUAUAAAUGGUUGAGCAAUUUGAAUGACUUAACACAGUGUCAUUACCUUGCAAUAUAAACUGGUAACCUCACAACUCCACACUUCAUUGCCAUGUGAAGUAAAUGAAGCUAGCUAAGCGGAUGCUGUAUCAACUAGUAACUUGCCAUUAAGGAUUAUUUUAUAGCAUGGAGUUAAGACUAUUUAUUCAAAUGAUAUUUUACUCUCGUAUUCAUUUUGUUUUAGAUUUGUGACAUGAAUAUUUCAGUGCUGCUUAAUUUUGUUUUGAAUUCUUGUUUCUUGCUUGUAAAUGGCUUUUUUUAUGGUAUAAAGUCAAUGGAAAUUGCUGUUUGUAAAUAAAAAUGCUGCUAGAGCAAUCA